UAUCCAGUCUUAUUUACGAGAACUACCACCUAUUAACCAAGAUGUACGUCAGAAGCAACGCAUCUCAAUAGAGAUCUUGCCUCCCGAAAUGAAAGCUCCUUUCCCUCCUGAUCCAGUAUUUCCCACCCGAACCAAAACCGUGAAGGAAUUUCAGGAAGAUAUAGAACAGGCCAAGACUUCAGGAGACUGGAAAAUAGUGCAUGAUUUUUAUUCAACAACUUUUGAUUCUUUUCUGGAAAUUAACGCAGCAUUCAAGCGAGAUGUCAGUGCACCUUUUAAUACAAUUGAGGAUCCAGGCAUUAAUGUUAAAUUUACCAACAGUGUCUAUGAUGCAUUGCUGAGCACACCCCAGGACAUCCAGAAAGCAGUACUGAAAGGCAUUAUUAACAGUCUCCUGAAAGAAUGGAAAGGGCCACAGACAAAGGAUGAUCUCCGAGCUUAUUUGUUACUUGUGCAGAAUCCUCAAUUUGCGAGCACAUCAACGUACGUUAUCUAUGCCCACUUGUUACGGCAGAUGGCCAGUCUGUCUGAGGCGGAUCAUCACUUUCUGGUUCACUGGUUUCAAAAAUUGCCUUUGAAGAGAUUUAAGCAACUUGUCGAAAGAUUGCUGCAGUUUAUAUCUCUACGUCUGUUCCCAGCAAAGCCAGAUGACUUGCCGCCCCUGGCAAAAUGUACGUGGUGGAUUCCUUCAGCAACCAAGGUCCUCGCUCUGCUUAAUGCAGCAAAUAGUCUGGCAAAUCCUCCAAUUCUUCCCUUCAUGGAUUUCUACAACUCCACCUUGGACCAUAUUGAUCUCAUGGAGGACUAUCAUACCUGGCAGUGUUGUGGAAAUUCUCACAGGUUUACCUUUUGCCAGUUCCCUUUCAUUCUCUCACUGGCAGCUAAAAAAGUUAUUAUCCAGAGAGAUUCUGAACAGCAGAUGAUCACGGUAGCCAGGCAAAGCUUACUUGAUAAAGUUUCCCGCAAACAGAGGCCAGACAUGAACAUGCUUUUCCUAAACAUUAAAGUGAGGCGAUUGCAUCUAGUUAAUGAUUCUCUGGAUGAGUUAACAAGAAAAAGGGCAGAGUUGAAAAAAAAAUUGAAAGUCACAUUUGUUGGAGAAGCUGGAUUAGACAUGGGUGGCCUGACAGAAGAGUGGUUUCUCCUACUUAUUCGACAGAUCUUCCAAUCGGAUUAUGGUAUGUUUCAGUAUCAGCAGGAUUCAGGGUUUUAUUGGUUCAGCAACUUUAAACGUGAAAACUACUCUGAAUUUCGAUUAGUUGGAGCUUUGAUGGGUCUGGCUCUGUAUAACAGCAUUACGUUGGAUGUUCGGUUUCCACCGUGCUGCUAUAAAAAACUGCUGAGUCCUCCUGUUGCUCCAUGUGAUCAGAGUACUGCCGUUGGCAUAGCAACACUUACACUUGAUGACCUGCACCAGCUUAUGCCUGCUUUAGCCGAUGGACUUCUGGCACUUAUCAAUUAUGAAGGCAAUGUUGAGGAAGACUUUGGCUCCACAUUUCAAGUAUUUCAGGAAGAGUUUGGAACAGUUAAAUCAUGCAACCUAAAACCAGGUGGAGACAAAAUCCUUGUAACGAAUCAGAACAGGCAAGAAUAUGUACAUCUUUAUGUAGAUUUCCUUCUCAACAAGUCCAUAUACCAGCAGUUUGCAGCAUUUUAUUAUGGUUUUCACCGUGUGUGUGCCUCUAAUGCCUUAAUGUUGCUUCUCCCAGAAGAAGUGGAAAUGCUCGUGUGUGGGAACCCUGAGCUGGACAUAUGUGCACUACAGAAGAUCACACAGUAUGAGGGUUAUUCGAAGAUGCACCCCACAAUACGGUGCUUCUGGGACGUGGUUUUGGGAUUCAGUCUCCAGCUCCAGAAACAAUUUCUACAUUUUACUACAGGAAGUGAUCGAGUUCCGGUGGGAGGGCUUGCUGAUCUUAGUUUUAAAAUCACAAAGUUUGAUGUGCCCACUGACUGGUUACCAAUCGCCCACACCUGUUUCAAUCAGCUCUGCCUGCCUCCAUACAAGAGUAAGAAAGAACUGAAGCAGAAGCUAAUAAUUGCUAUUUCAAAUGCAGAGGGGUUUGGACUGGAAUAACAACUCAUUUUUAUGUGGAGCUUUUAAUACAGAAUUAUCAUCUAAGUAUUACUUGUUGAAAAUGGACUCUCACUUAAAGUGGACCCAAGUUGUACCCCUUUUAGUUUCAUUAUAGUCUUACACGAUCAUUAUAUGAAAUGGGCAAUCAUGGUCUUCCCAUGACCGUGAUUAUUCUUGGAAAAUUUUUCUACAGAAGUGG